AUGGCAUGCAUCAUCCUGAGCAAGGCAGCUUUCCUGGCUGCCUUGUCCCUUGUUGUGAUGGGUAGUCCAACACCAGACGUGACGUCGCAAAGGGCAAGUGUGCAAGGCGGCUACUACGUGCCGGCAUACUAUCCGGCCCCGUACGGUGGUUGGGUUCAAGACUGGCAAGAAAGCUAUCGCAAGGGUAGGGAGCUCGUCAACUCGAUGACCUUGGCGGAAAAGACCAACAUCACAGCUGGCAGUGGCAUCUUCAUGGGUCAGUUUUGCACUUGGAGCGUCCCGUCCCGUCUUGCCCUCGGAAUGGAAGGUAAUGCUGCUUCGAAACUUGCCGCUGACAUUGUUGGACAGGGUACGCGAUGCAAUGGCAACACAGGCUCUGCUCUUCGGCUGGGAUUCCCACAACUCUGCCUCAACGAUGCUCACAAUGGCAUACGGCAGGCCGACCAUGUAACUGUAUUCCCAGACGGCAUCACUACUGGCGCAACGUUUGAUAAGACGCUCAUGUACCGACGCGGAGUUGCCAUUGGCCAAGAAGCUCGAGGAAAAGGUGUCAACGUCUUGCUUGGGCCAACCGUUGGCCCAAUCGGCAGGAAGCCCAAGGGUGGUCGAUCCUGGGAGGCUUUCGGAGCGGACCCAUCCCUGCAAGCCGUAGGUGCUCGGGAGACUAUCAGAGGAAUUCAGGAACAAGGUGUUAUUGCGACCAUCAAGCACUUCAUUGGCAACGAGCAAGAGAUGUACCGCAUGUAUAAUCCCUUUCAAUCGGCGUACAGCUCAAACAUAGAUGAUCGCGUUCUACAUGAGCUAUACAUGUGGCCAUUCGCCGAGGGUAUCCGAGCCGGAGUUGGCUCCGUCAUGAUGGCGUACAAUGCUGUCAACGGUACUGCUUGCAGCCAACACCCAUAUCUAAUAAAUGGAUUGCUCAAGGACGAGCUUGGUUUUCAAGGAUUCGUCCAAUCCGACUGGCUCGCUCACAUGUCCGGCGUCGCAUCUGCCCUUGCGGGUCUCGACUUGAGUAUGCCUGGCGACACCCAAGUCCCCCUGCUCGGGAAUUCUUAUUGGAUGUAUGAACUCUCCAGGUCUGUUCUCAACGGCUCCGUUCCCACGGAUCGACUGAAUGACAUGGCUACCCGCAUCGUGGCUGCUUGGUACCAGAUGGGCCAGGACAAGAAUUUCCCCAAGACCAACUUCGAUACCAAUACCAAGAAGAAAGAGGGCCUUCUCUACCCCGCUGCCUGGCCGGACUCGCCCAAGGGUGUCGUCAAUGAGUUUGUCGAGGUACAGGCAAAUCACGACGUGAUUGCUCGCCAGGUCGCCCAGGACGCCGUUACACUGCUUAAAAACUCUGGCAAUCUGCUGCCCAUCAGCACCUCUCAGCGACUCGCGGUAUUCGGCACUGGAGCCCAGACCAACCCCAAGGGUGCAAACGCCUGUCCGGACCGAAAGUGCAACACAGGCACGCUUGGGCAAGGCUGGGGAUCUGGUACUGUUGACUACAUGUAUUUGGAUGACCCCAUCUCAGCCCUGAGGGCUCGAGCCGGACAUAUCGCGUUCUACAAUACUGAUACACUUCCCCCAAAACUGGAGACGCCGGAGGAUGGUGACGUUGCCAUAGUCUUCGUCACCUCGGAUUCUGGGGAGAACACGUAUACAGUAGAGGGAAAUCAUGGCGAUAGAGACGCAUCGGGACUUUUUGCGUGGCACAACGGGGACAAGUUGUUGCAAGACGUCGCUGCGAAAUACAAGAACGUCGUGGUCGUGAUUCACACCGUCGGACCAAUCAUCCUGGAGAGGUGGAUUAAUCUUCCCUCGGUCAGGUCUGUGCUUGUUGCUCACCUACCUGGCCAAGAAGCCGGAAGGUCGUUGGCUGAAGUUCUCUUUGGAGACGUCUCCCCCAGCGGCCAUCUCCCCUACUCGAUCACGAAGAAGGAAGAGGAUAUGCCGGAGAGUGUUACCAAGCUAACCAGCUUCGAAUUUCUCAACCAAGCUCAAGACACGUAUAGCGAGGGUCUGUAUAUCGAUUAUCGGUGGCUCGGCCAAAAGGGUAUCGAGCCUCGGUACGCUUUCGGACAUGGCCUCAGCUACACAACCUUUUCAUAUUGCGACGCAAAGAUUCGAAAAGUCGCACAAAUGAGCAAAACCCCGCCAGCGCGGGAGCCAAAGUCUGGCAUCUUGGAUUACGCGCAAGCGGUUCCCGGCGCCAGCGAGGCCGUUGCGCCAAAGGGUUUCCACAGGGUCUGGCGCUACAUCUACUCUUGGCUCAGCGAGUCGGACGCCAAGGCCGCCGCCGCCGACGCCGGCAAAAAGAAGUACCCUUAUCCGCCUGGCUACUCUACGGAACAGAAGCCAGGACCCCGCGCUGGCGGUGGCCAGGGUGGCAAUCCUGCGUUGUGGGAUACCGCUUACACGAUGACCGUGACGGUCAAGAACACCGGAUCCAAGCACUCCGGCAAAGCUUCUGCGCAGGCCUACCUUCAAUUUCCCAGAGACGUCGGUUACGACACGCCCGUGCUCCAGUUGCGCGAUUUUGAAAAGACGGAGACGUUGGCUCCGGGGCAGAGCACGACGGUCGAGUUGCAUCUGACAAGGAAGGAUCUUAGCGUGUGGGAUGUAGAGCUGCAGGACUGGGUCAUCCCCGCGGUUGAUGGAGCGUACAAUGUGUGGAUCGGGGCUGCUAGCGACGAUCUCAGGGUGUCUUGCCACGCUGCCAGCUUGAAGUGUGACAAUGUGAUCAAGGGACUGGGCACUUGCGGGUAG